AUGAAGAUUUUUCAGUGCGACAUGCAAUACUGGUUGUUUCCAGCUUUUCUGGCAAUUGCUUAUUUUUGCACCAUUGUCCAGGGUCAAGUGGCUCCACCCACAAGGUUACGAUAUAAUGUAUUAUCUCAGGACAGUAUACAGAUUUCAUGGAAGGCUCCAAGGGGAAAAUUUGGUGGAUACAAACUUCUUGUGACUCCAGCUUCAGGUGGAAAAACCAAUCAAUUGAAUCUCCAGAACACUGCAACUAAAGCAAUUAUUCAAGGUCUUAUGCCAGACCAGAAUUAUACGGUUCAAAUUAUUGCAUACAGUAAAGACAAAGAAAGCAAGCCAGCCCAAGGCCAAUUCAGAAUUAAAGAUUUGGAAAAAAGAAAGGAUCCAAAACCCAGAGUCAAGAUUGUGGAUAAAGGAAAUGGGAACAAACCAUCUCCACCAGAAGAAGUGAAGUUUUUCUGUGAAACGCCAGCUAUCGCUGACAUUGUAAUCCUGGUUGAUGGUUCCUGGAGCAUUGGAAGAUUCAACUUCAGACUGGUUCGGCUUUUCUUGGAGAACCUGGUUACAGCAUUCAAUGUGGGCUCAGAGAAGACACGGAUUGGUCUUGCACAGUAUAGUGGUGACCCCAGAAUAGAAUGGCACCUGAAUGCCUUUAGCACAAAAGAUGAGGUCAUCGAAGCUGUCCGGAAUCUACCAUACAAGGGAGGAAAUACAUUAACAGGUCUUGCUUUGAACUACAUUUUUGAGAACAGCUUUAAACCAGAAGCAGGAGCAAGGACUGGAGUGUCCAAAAUUGGCAUUUUAAUCACAGAUGGCAAAUCCCAAGAUGACAUUAUCCCACCAUCCAGAAACCUUCGUGAAUCCGGUGUAGAACUGUUUGCCAUAGGGGUGAAAAACGCAGAUGAGAAUGAACUGCGGGAGAUUGCCUCUGAACCAGACAGCACUCAUGUGUACAAUGUCGCUGAAUUUGACCUGAUGCACACAGUUGUGGAGAGCCUGACGAGGACAGUCUGCUCCCGGGUAGAAGAACAGGACAGGGAGAUCAAAGCGUCAGCCCUUGCCACCAUUGGGCCGCCUACACAGCUGAUUACUUCUGAAGUCACUGCCAGGAGCUUUAUGGUUAACUGGACUCACGCCCCAGGAAAAGUGGAAAAAUACAGAGUCGUGUAUUAUCCUGCCAGGGGCGGAAAACCAGACGAGGUGGUGGUGGAUGGAAGCGUAUCUUCUACGGUGUUGAAAAAUUUAAUGUCUUUAACUGAAUAUCAGAUAGCAGUCUUCGCAAUAUAUGCUCACACGGCUAGUGAAGGCCUGCGGGGAACUGAAACCACACUUGCUUUACCCAUGGCUUCUGACCUUGAACUGUACGAUGUGACCGAGAAUAGUCUGAGGGUAAAAUGGAAUGCAGUGCCCGGAGCCUCAGGAUACCUGAUCCUCUAUGCUCCUCUCACAGAAGGUCUGGCUGGGGAUGAAAAAGAGAUGAAAAUUGGAGAGACCCACACAGAUAUUGAAUUGAGUGGGUUGUUGCCCAAUACGGAAUACACAGUUACAGUUUAUGCUAUGUUUGGAGAAGAGGCCAGCGAUCCUGUUACGGGCCAAGAAAUGACAUUGCCUUUAAGUCCACCAAGAAACCUGAGAAUCUCCAAUGUUGGCUCUAACAGUGCUCGGUUAGCCUGGGACCCAGCUUCAAGAAAGGUCACUGGUUAUCGAAUUGUGUAUAACAACGCAGAUGGGACUGAGAUUAAUGAGGUUGAAGUCGACCCUGUUACCACCUUCCCUCUGAAGGGCCUAACGCCACUCACCGAGUACACGGUCGCCAUUUUCUCUAUCUAUGAUGAAGGGCAGUCAGAGCCCCUGACUGGAAUUUUUACCACAGAGGAAGUUCCAGCCCAGCAAUACUUGGAAAUUGAUGAGGUGACGACAGAUAGUUUCAGAGUGACCUGGCAUCCCCUCUCAGCUGAUGAAGGGCAACACAAGUUGAUGUGGAUUCCAGUCUAUGGAGGGAACACCGAAGAAGUCAUCCUAAAAGAAGACCAAGACUCACAUGUUAUUGAAGGCCUGGAGCCCGGCACUGAAUAUGAAGUCUCAUUGUUGGCUGUACUGGAUGAUGGAAGCGAGAGUGAGGUGGUGACCGCUGUAGGGACCACACUUGACAGUAUUUGGACAGAACCGGCUACGACCAUCAUCCCCACCAGACCCGUGACGACAGUUUUCCGGACAGGAAUCAGAAACCUGGUUGUAGAUGAUGAAACCACUUCUAGCCUGCGGGUAAAAUGGGACAUUUCAGACAGCAGUGUGCAGCAGUUCAGGGUGACCUACCUGACUGCUCAAGGGGACCACGCGGAAGAAGUGGUAGGAACGGUGAUGGUGGCUGGAAGCCAGAACAAUCUCCUUCUGAAGCCUCUGCUUCCCAAUACUGAGUACAAAGUCACGGUGACUCCCAUCUAUGAUGAUGGAGAAGGCGUCAGCGUCUCUGCCCCUGGAAAAACCUUGCCACCCUCUGGUCCCCAAAACUUCCGGGUCUCAGAAGAAUGGUAUAACAGGUUGCGCAUUACAUGGGAUCCCCCGUCUUCCCCCGCAAAGGGCUAUAGGAUUGUCUACAAACCUGUUAGUGUUGCUGGCCCAACACUGGAGACGUUUGUGGGAUCUGGCAUUAACACCAUUCUUAUCACAAACCUCCUCAGUGGAAUGGACUACAACGUGAAAAUAUUUGCCUCCCAGGCCUCAGGCUUCAGCGACGCUCUGACAGGCGUGGUGAAAACACUGUUUUUGGGUGUGACCAAUCUUCAAGCAGAGCAGGUUCAAAUGACCAGCUUGUGUGCCCGGUGGCAGGUGCAUCGCCAUGCCACUGCCUACAGAGUGGUCAUCGAAUCGCUCCAGGAUACAAAAAAGCAAGAAUCCACUGUGGGCGGAGGGACAACCAGGCAUUGCUUCUACGGACUUCAGCCUGAUUCAGAAUAUAAAAUCAGUGUUUACACAAAACUUCAGGAGAUUGAGGGACCCAGUGUCAGCAUAAUGGAAAAAACACAAUCACUUCCUACUCAACCACCUACUUUUCCUCCGACCAUUCCACCAGCAAAAGAAGUAUGUAGAGCUGCCAAGGCAGACCUGGUGUUUAUGGUGGAUGGAUCCUGGAGUAUUGGAGAUGAAAAUUUCAAUAAGAUCAUUAACUUUCUGUAUAGCACUGUUGGAGCCCUGAACAAGAUUGGUGCAGAUGGAACUCAAGUUGCAAUCGUUCAGUUCACUGAUGACCCCAGAACAGAAUUUAAACUAAAUGCCUACCAAACCAAAGAGACCCUUCUUGAUGCAAUUAAACAUAUUUCAUACAAAGGAGGAAAUACCAAAACAGGAAAAGCAAUCAAGCAUGUCCGAGAUAGUCUGUUUACUGCAGAGUCAGGUACCAGGAGAGGCAUCCCAAAGGUCAUCGUGGUCAUAACUGAUGGCAGGUCACAAGAUGAUGUGAACAAAAUCUCUGGGGAGAUGCAAUCAAAUGGCUACAGCAUCUUUGCUGUUGGUGUGGCCGAUGCGGAUUACUCAGAGCUGGUUAGCAUUGGCAGCAAGCCCAGCUCACGGCAUGUCUUCUUCGUGGAUGACUUUGACGCCUUUAAGAAAAUUGAAGAUGAGUUGAUUACUUUUGUCUGUGAAACCGCAUCAGCAACCUGCCCACUGGUGUUCAAGGAUGGCAUUGAUCUUGCAGGAUUUAAGAUGAUGGAAAUGUUUGGUUUGGUUGAAAAGGAUUUUUCAUCUGUGGAAGGGGUUUCUAUGGAGCCUGGUACCUUCAAUGUGUAUCCCUGUUACCGAAUUCAUAAAGAUGCCUUGGUUUCCCAGCCAACCAAGUAUUUGCAUCCAGAAGGAUUGCCCUCUGACUACACAAUGAGUUUUCUAUUCCGGAUUCUUCCUGACACUCCAGAAGAGCCAUUUGCUCUUUGGGAGAUUUUAAAUAAAAAUUCUGACCCAUUGGUUGGAGUCAUUUUGGAUAAUGGUGGUAAAACCUUAACAUAUUUCAACUAUGACUACAGUGGGGAUUUUCAAACAGUUACUUUUGAAGGACCUGAAAUUAGGAAAAUUUUCCAUGGCAGCUUUCACAAGAUACACAUUGUUGUCAGCAAGACUUUGGUCCAAGUGGUUAUUGACUGCAAGCACGUGGCUGAGAAGGCAAUAAAUGCCUCAGCUAAUAUCACGUUGGAUGGUGUUGAAGUCCUGGGAAGAAUGGUCAGAUCAAGGGGACCAAAUGGAAAUUCUGCACCAUUCCAGUUACAGAUGUUUGAUAUUAUUUGUUCCACAUCAUGGGCCAAUAAAGACAAAUGCUGUGAACUUCCAGGCCUGAGGGAUGAGGAGACCUGCCCGGAGCUACCACAUUCCUGCUCCUGUUCUGAAGUCAAUACAGGGACUCUGGGACCAGCAGGCCCACCAGGUGGUCCAGGACUCCGAGGACCAAAGGGCCAACGAGGUGACCAGGGUCCAAAGGGACCAGAGGGCCCUCGGGGUGAAAUAGGCCUUCCGGGACCUCAGGGUCCCCCUGGACCCCAAGGACCAAGUGGUCUGUCCAUUCAGGGAAUGCCUGGAAUGCCCGGUGCCAAAGGAGAAAAAGGAGAAACUGGCCUUCCUGGUCCACAGGGUAUUCCAGGAGGCAUUGGUUCACCAGGACGUGAUGGCUCUCCAGGCCAGAGGGGCUUUCCUGGAAAAGAUGGGUCCUCUGGCCCUCCAGGACCACCUGGGCCAAUUGGCAUUCCCGGCGCCCCUGGAGUCCCAGGGAUCACAGGAAGCAUGGGGCCUCAAGGUGCCCUGGGGCCACCUGGUAUCCCUGGAGCAAAGGGGGAACGAGGAGAAAGAGGCGAUCUGCAGUCUCAGGCCAUGGUCCGAGCAGUGGCGCGUCAGGUGUGCGAGCAGCUGAUCCAAAGUCACAUGGCCAGGUACACAGCCAUCCUCAACCAGAUUCCCAGCCACUCCUCAUCAGUGCGGACCAUCCAGGGGCCUCCCGGGGAGCCUGGCAGACCAGGCUCACCUGGAGCCCCUGGUGAACAAGGGCCCCCCGGGACCCCAGGUUUCCCAGGAAAUGCAGGUGUGCCAGGGACCCCAGGAGAACGAGGUCUAACUGGUAUCAAAGGAGAAAAAGGAAACCCAGGCAUUGGAACCCAAGGUCCAAGAGGCCCCCCUGGACCAGCAGGACCUUCGGGGGAGAGUCGGCCAGGAAGCCCUGGGCCCCCUGGCUCUCCCGGGCCCAGGGGUCCACCUGGUCACCUGGGGGUGCCUGGACCACAAGGUCCUUCUGGCCAGCCUGGAUACUGCGACCCCUCUUCGUGUUCUGCCUACGGGGUAGGAGCUCCUCAUCCUGAUCAACCAGAAUUCACUCCUGUCCAAGACGAGCUGGAAGCCAUGGAACUGUGGGGCUCGGGGAUCUGA